ACAAGUCAUAGAAAUGUACGCUUUAAAAAAACAACUUCUGUUAUACUUUUUGCUCGGAAUCGACAUACAUAAAAUAUUUAACAUAGAAUGUGACGCAUGCGUACCUGUAAUUUAUAGCGGCGACUAUAAACUGGCAACAGACGAUGCGAUGUAAACAAAGCUAGGUAAUGUGACACGACUUCAAGACAACUGUAAAUCGACUUAUUCGAGGGUGCUUUUUUCUACAUAACCCCCUAGCUUGAAAAUGGAAAAUUAUCAUGUGCUAGAAAUUAUUGGCGAAGGUUCCUUUGGGAAGGUGUACAAGGGGCGCAAAAAGUAUUCCUCACAAGUUGUUGCCUUGAAAUUUAUUCCAAAGGUUGGAAAACCUGAAAAAGAGCUAAGAAAUCUGAGAAGAGAGAUAGAUAUUAUGAGAAAUUUACAUCAUGAAAACAUCAUUGAAAUGUUGGAUAGCUUUGAAACUGGAAAAGAGGUUGUGGUUGUGACUGAUUAUGCAGAGGGGGAAUUAUUUCAAAUUCUUGAGGAUGAUGGAAGCCUUCCAGAAGAGCAGGUUCAGCAGAUUGCCUGCCAGCUUGUGUCAGCUCUCUAUUACUUACACUCCCACCGAAUCCUUCACAGGGACAUGAAACCUCAAAACAUCCUCCUUGGCAAGUCCGGCAUAGUCAAGCUCUGUGAUUUUGGAUUCGCUAGAGCCAUGAGUUUCAAUACUCUUGUGCUGACCUCUAUAAAGGGCACUCCAUUAUACAUGUCCCCAGAACUAGUGGAAGAAAAACCAUAUGAUCACACUGCAGAUUUAUGGGCCCUUGGUUGCAUCUUGUAUGAGCUCUUUACAGGCACCCCUCCCUUCUACACCAACAGUAUCUUCCAGUUAGUGAGCCUGAUCAUUAAGGACCCAGUUAAGUGGCCCAAGAACAUGACCCCUGUAUUCAAGGACUUUCUCCAGGGUCUCUUGACCAAGAACCCCAGAUCUCGCUUGGCUUGGCCUGAUCUCCUACAUCAUCCUUUUGUUGCUGAAGGUGUUCAUGUACGAGAAGAAGAUACUCACUUACAGAGCCCCUUCACCCAGCCUCUUUCAGCCUCCAUGAUGAUUCUGAAAGAAAAGCAGUCCAAGGAAAAGGCUCAUCCACCAGGCACCUCUAAAAUUCUGGCCAAGGCUCGCAAAAAAGCCAUGGAAGAAGAGAAAAAGAGUGACAAAGAAGCUCCAUCCAAUGAAGAAAAAGAAAACUCAAGCAAAGAAGCAUGGGGACCGAGCAAGAAGCCUGAGAUCAAAUUAGAUAUUAAACAGCAGCAGAAAGAGGUGGAGGCAAAUCAACAGGCUGGGGACCAGUGGGACGAAACAGGACUCAGCAAGAUGACAGAUAUUAGAGAAGAGAAUAUCAGCCCAACUCCCAGGCCUGACAGGAUAAGUAAAGAUUACGAGAAAGAAUACCCGAGCAUAGAGAUCGAGGGCCGACGAACGGUGAGGAAGAGUCCCAGUAAGGAGAAAAGGAACAAGUCACAUGUGGACAAUGUCAAACUGGACACCGAGGAAGUGGACAGUGAUGAUGAGUGGCAGGGGUUGAUUGAGCAGACGGACCAGGAAGGAGAUCCAGACAUUGCCCUCAAACUUCUACAGGAUGUCAAGUUCCAGAACAAACUCAAAUCCAGGAUCCAGACCAGCUCGGCUCAGGUGCUGGAUGGGAUGCUGGAGGGGGCGGCCAGGCUCAAGACUGUGCUCAGGGUCAUCACCAACCUCGUCACGCUCAAAUGUGAGCUGAAGUGGAUAAUGGACUUUGUUAAAGCUUUGUCAUUACCAAAGCAGCCACUGAAUUUGAUUGCAGAGAUUUUGGACAAGAGUAAAGUAAAACAGCAACCUUGGUGUCAGCAGAUUUUGAUUGACCUGGUCAUUACCUUGAAUGCCUACUUUGCCAGUGAAAUCAGCUGGAAUGAUGACAUAGAGAAAGACGUUGUUAAGGAGUAUUACGAUGCCAUGGUUCAGUUCAUGUCCCUGGUGCCACAGCUUUUGUUCCAAGGAAUGGAUGAAGACUUACGACUGAGAGAGCAGGCUGUGCUGUGUGCAAUGUACACCUGUGAAGCUAUGGAGAGAAACAAACUACAGGUGGCUAACCAAUACUUCACUCACCUGGCCAGCAAACAGACCAACACACUGGACUGUAUACUGAACUGUACCAUGGGGGACCCCAACGUUCUGAAAAAACUCACAGAGCUAGCAGAGGGUAACGGAGAGGUAGCCACAGACAGGAUGGAAUCUCUGAUACAAUUAGCCGUCACCACCAUCGCAGCCAUGGUCAAUUUGCCUCUGUCUCUAGAUGAGGCUGCUGAUGGAAGAAGAAAGAUUGCUUUGUACAUUGGAGACAAGCUGGCACAGAAAGGCUCUGAACAGUUGGCUGAUGAGGUCUUCAUCUUACUGAGACAUCCAGCGCACUGUUCAAAUGUCCUCAAGGUUGUCUAUGCCUGCUGCCAGGUGUCUCAGACUUUCUGUGGAUACAUCUCAAACUCCACUAAACACAUGGAGUCUCUACUGGGUAUUCUCAUGGGAAAGGUGGAGAUCCAAGACAUGGAGAUAAAUGCGGUGAUAGAGACAGUUAUACACGUCCUCAGUACCAUCAUCAUACAACUACAGACUAUGUCACCAGCCUUGACAGAUUCUGCAGGCCUAAUGAUCUCCAUAUUUCUAGAGUCCACAAUUGCUAGUCAUACAGCAGCAGCAGCCUUGCUGUUCAGUCAGAUGAUCUACUGUGGGAUGAGUGUAGAGGUACAGCCGGAGGAGAUGUUACAGGCGUGUCUGGCCGUCUUCACAGACUUACAGCAGAUCUGUGUUAGAUGUCCUUUUGAUUAUGGAGUGUUAGAUGGACUGUUGUUGCUUCUGUGUGAGAUGUUAGCACAGUCUGAAGGCCCAGUUGCACAGCUUUACAUAGAGACAGGCAUCUGGGGAACCCUUUGGCACAGAGUGGCUCAAGCUCUACAGGUCACCAACCCAGAGACCAAUGCUCCCAUUCAUGACAUAGAGAUGGAAUGUGAGGAAAUGCCGGGAUUCCAUGCCCCUGAUUGGUCCCUUGUCUCCCCUCAGGGCCUCAUGGCUGUCCUCCAACUGGCUGUCACAGUGUUCACGAAGGAGACCAAUCAGUGUAUCCCUAACCUAGCAGUGCCGGACAGCAUCAUACUUCUGACUAUUGUACACCUCAUGCAUAGGGAAUUCCUCAGUUGUAUGUACAAAGGGUUCAGCAGCGAUGGUCCCCAGUUGACUGUUGAUAUGAUUCUGGAGGUCACUCAGCUCUUCUGCUUCCCUUUUGCUGUAGACAUUGCUGAAGAUAUUCUCCAAGAGGUCCAACAAUGUCUGUAUGAGACACAAGUCCUGCCUCGAAUCUUCUUUGCCUGUACCAAGUACCUCCAGUUGGAACAGAUAGAGACACCUAUGGGCCUACUGAACCGACUGGUACUGGGAAAUCAGAUGUUUGUAGAACAGUUUGCUCAAGCAGUGCAUGAUUUUAAGGCAGUGCCAUUCCUCUCUAACUGUGUUCAACUGAGCAGCCCUCUCUCUGUCAUCUGUGAUGUCAUAUCAAUGUGUGGUCAUCUGAUCCGCCUACAGCCGGAGAACCUCACGAUGGUCAAAAGUGUGUUCCUAGGGAUGAAAGGAGACUUUGAGCCCCUAUACCUCCUGUUGUCUCACCAAUCAGCCGCUGUGAGGUCUCGGAUCUGUAGUCUCAUUGGAAACCUGCUCAAGCACAACAACCAUUUCUACUCCACAAUUAAACAAAAAGACAAAAUUUUCAUUGCAUUAACAAAAUGUUUGAAAGAUGAAGAUCCAAAUGUUCGAAAGGGAGCCUCUUAUGCAAUUGGAAAUGCUGCCUUCCAUUCAUCUGAGCUUUACAUGAAAUUAAAACCGGUCAUCCCAACUAUGAUGGAACUCCUUAGAGAUCCAAUGGCAAAAACUAGGGCAAAUGCUGCAAGUGCCUGUGGUAAUUUUGGAAUUCAUUCCAAUGUCCUAGUUUUGGAUUUGAAGAAAUCAAAAGUUGUUGCCAGGUUGUUAGACUUGGUUUGUCGAGAACAACAACAGAGUGUUCAAAUUAGUGCAAUACUGGCCCUGAGAAGUCUCUCCAAUUUGGAUGACCUCAGAAAGGAAAUGAUAACACACAAUGCUGUGGAUAAGUUGAACAAUGUAACUGUGGCCAACACACCACGUCCUUCCUCUUCUAUCAUGUCCAACUCAAACAGUGUCCAGGUGAAUCGGAGUAUCCACAGCAGUCACGGACAAGGCAAUGCCACUGUCUACACUCACUGCAGUAAGCUGGUCAGGCUAUUACAGGGCAAAUCGUAGGCUCCCAGGCUCCAGCUGUGAUGAAUUAAACAAUGUCAAAGGGUCACUUCAGUUGUUGUGAAGAAAAUGAUCACUGUGAAUGUGUACUAUUAUGUUGGAAGAUAUUUUCAUCUUCGAAAUAAAAGCAGGGAAAGACUUGUGUGAUGGUCACCAGAAAAAAAUAUUCAUUCCUCAAAGUGCUAUAGAAAUUCAGGAUGUUUGUUGAUGGAACUGAAACAUCAGUGAAUUUGAUGAUGUUUUGGCACAUUAUUUAGGUUAUGGUUUGAAUACAAAAGAUAUGAAUAAAGAGCUUUUAUAUGUGUUGGUAUCAGGUGGAGAAGCAAAGAUCCAUUGUAUUUUAUUUUAUUGUACUGAAUUGAAAAACAAUCAUUGUAGACUCUAGAAAAGCGCUUUAUCUGAGUUAUUUCCAAAACUGAUUCAGUACCAGUAUGUGCCAACAAAGUAUUAUGGUGUUCAUAAAUCUGUUUUCAAGUAAUUUAUUAUACAGAUGUGUGGUUCCCUGUCUGAAUCGGUUAACAUUAGUGGGGGGUUUGAACUUUCAGAAUAAUCUUGCAUCGUUAAACAUUCAAGGUGCACUUCCUCUCAGUAUGUUUGUAUCUAUAUUUAUUUUCUUCAAAAAUGCAUUAGUUGCGAUUGAACUACUUUUAAUUUAGGCUUAUCUUUUCAGACAAAUGAACAAGGCUCACUUUGAAAACAGAAUAGAAACUUUACAUCAGAAUACACUUAUGUAAACUUUGAAUUAUAUCAAGAGUUAAACACAAAUCUUUUUGCGGAUGUGUAUGACGUCACAAAUAAUUGCAUUCACUGACUUUUCCAACGUGAAUUGCCAAAAAAUAAUGAUAUUCUUUUUAGAAAACAUUAGGAAACAUGGGUCAUAGUCUUUAUCAAUAUAAACAUAAUACGUUUGAUACGUAAAAUGUUUGUAAUGUAAAUUCUUGAAACUCGUUGUGGUUAUAUGCGGCCAUCAGUUCCUGUCAAAAUCUACCCUGAUUUUUGACUUGAAAAGUGUUACAAUACAUGUAUUAAGGUACCUCACUACACCGAGCCUUAUACUUUUUAAGAUACUACGUCACAAGAUGGUGAUUUAAAUGUUUUGUUAAAGUGUUUGUAUCAAUCGAUUCAGAUGCACAUCGUCAUAGCUCAGUGGUUAAAGUAUCAGGCUUGUGAACCGCAGGUUAUGAGUUGGAAUCCACCUGGAGCUUUUGUUUAUGUUAACUGAAUAAAAUUUUUGAAAAUAUCAUUUUUUAUCUAAAAUUGCACACUUUUUCGCCUAUUUGACAUAUAUACUUCUUAUCCGUCAUGCUCUCUAUCAUAAUGAAGUAAAUUUAUGCUGAUUUGAGAAACUAUUUCAAGGUGUAGUGAGGAACCUUAACAAAAAAAACCCCCAAACAAACAAACAUAGAAGUUCGUUGUAUUGAUGACGUCAUAUUGCCAUUAAGAAUUAAAUAGGAAGUCGUAGAACUUGUUUCUGAAAAUGUAAAUACAAAAACUGUAGAACUAAACUAUGUUCAAAUUUAAGGGGAAAAGAUAUCACUUUUGUACUUAAUUGUAUUUUCAUGUCUGAAAUCGUUCUUCAACUAGAUGUCAGCGAGAGUUAUCACGCUUUAUAGUGGGGACUUUGUACCUUUACCGCCAUCUCAGCGUCCAUAGCCGUCCAUUGUCUUAUCAUGCCUUUGUGUAUUUAUUUAGCAUUGAAUGCAAGUAUUGGACAUACUGGUUUUUUUUGCAUUGAAAAGCAUCACAUAGUUUGAGAACGAAUGCAAGUAUUUUUCAUACAGGAGUGUCUAGAGUCCUGUAUUGUACACUUAAAACACUGCAUUUCAAUUUCAUUAGUUGAUUUCUUGAUUUACCUAAGAUAGUCCGAGUUUGAAGAAUAUUGGUUCUGAAACAGACUGGUAUGAAGUGUAAUACGAGACUGAUAUAAAACUCACCAAUAUCAGACUGCCAAAGAUAGAAUAAAAGAGUACUAGAUCACAACAGUGACAUGAAAGCAAUGUCUUCACCACAUAUUAUUUUUCUUACUUUUAAAUAAUGGCACAUUUAUUUAUUUUUUAUUUUUUGGUCAAAUCGUAAAAUACAAUUUCUAAUCUUAAAUAUUAUUGUUAAAAAUAUUGAUAAAUUUACUGCCUAAUAAGUUAUAAGAUGAAAUCGUGCAGAAAAUUAAAUUUCAUAUUGUUGGGUUUAAUGAUUUAAACAAACACAAAGAAAAACAAAACAUGUUUAAAGUGAAAUCUUUAAUUAAAAGCUCAAGUCUUAUACCACUGAACUACCCAUAUUUAGUUCACAACAUUUGAGAUUUCUAAAAGGUAGUAUAUUACAUUUUGUCUUUGAGUGAAAUGAAAUCUAUUAUUAUUUUCAUGAAAAUUCAAAUGUUCAACAAAAUGAUAUUGAAUCAUCACCCCAAGAAUUUGCUAAAUGAAGGUGGUACUAUUUUCAUGAAAAAAAAAAACAUUAUAGAGCACAAACCCGCGCUUUGAACUAAUUGGCAUUGAAUUUCAAAAGACAAAAGACACUUUGAAUAAUUUUGUACGCGUACACCAGUUGGUUUUUGUCUCAAUACUAGAAUAUGAUUCGAGAAUUGACCUUAUUUAGGCAUUGAACUCAAUACAUGUAAUAUGCUGAAUAUGCAUCGCUGAAACGUAAAGCUUGAAAGAAAUGAUAGAUAUGUUGGUAUUUUUAUUUCAUUAUCUUAUCAGUCAUGCUUGUAAAAGACUUAUUGCUCAUCUGAUUCACUCUUUCUUUUAGACAUGGGGAACAUGAGGUUAAAUCAAUGUAUAACGUGUAUUUACUAUUGACUUCAUCAUUCCUUUGAGUUAUUGUACCCACAUUCAGUGUGGUUCUUUGAUUUUGUGUUUGGUUGUAUUUUUGUAAUCUUUUGUUUUGUACAUGUUUACACGUGUAUGUAUCUGACUUCUAUAAACCGUCCACUACGAUGAAUUUUUAAUUAAACUAAUUUUAGAUACUGAUA